UACUUCUUUAAUCAAUAGGUGCUACCUACAACAUGAAGCCUUUGUUAUCCCCUGGACACAUGGAUGAAGAAGGAGCUGAAACCAAGGAGACGAUUCCACUACAAACUGGAAUAAUGAACGAAGAUUUGCUGCAACAAGAGAUGAUGCAGACGGAAAGCGUUUUCAUGAAAACUGACAUCUACUACAAGGUGAAGAAGGAACUGGAGACACACAGACAUGUGACGAUGAGCGGAACUGUGGGGGGAGGGAAGAAGUCUAUUGCUCUGGUGUUAGGGAAGCAGUAUAACGAUAGGGGCUUUAAAGUGCUUUUUGUUGUUGAUGUUUGCAAAAUCAAUCUGAGUGAUUGCUUAGCUGGAGAAGAAAAUGUUUGUAUUAUAUUUCAUGACAUCUUCAAAACGGUCGAAUUACCAAGGGACAAACCACAGGUUGACCGCUAUUUACAUGAACUGGAAGAGGAACUUGAAGCGUGUAAAACCGUAACUGGAGACAAAAGGGAGGUUUAUGCAAUAGUAACUGCCAACACAAACAACGUUCACGGUGAAAUAUCGGAGUUUGGGAAAUAUUUUUUUAGUGGUUCUUCUUUUAUUGACUUCACUCAGUUGUCCUGUCAGUACUCUUACGAGGAGAAGAAGGAAAUAUUUUACAAUCAUUGUAAAUCAUCACAUUCAGAUGAUCUGGGCCUCGAUGUGGAAAGGAUUUGUAGUUUUGAACAGUCUGUCUUAGGCUUUCCUCAAACAUGCAAACUAUUUUUUGAAUUUCCAAAUUUUCGAAAGCAUCGUGAAAGGUUCUUCCGUGAGCCUUUCCGCUAUCUUACAGAAGAACUAGCAGCAAUUCUCCGCCAAAUGAAUGAUGAGUCAGGUGCUCUCGUCCUGGUGUUUCUAGGUACAGACAAACUUAACUUAGGAGAAGUGGAGAUGCAGUCUGACAACCAGGACCUGGAAGAUAUGUUUAUAUUGAUUACAGAUGUUGUACGCAUUUCGACACGAACAAAAUUAGCUAAUUCCAUGAGACACUUCCGUGGUACGUUUUUCACAAAGGGAGACAUAGCAGGCUUUGCUCAUCCUUCCAUCUACGAUGCCUGUGCGUGUGCCUUAUUCACUCUCAACCCAUCCCUCGUCUUGGAAUAUUGUCAUAUGAAGUUCCUUCGUGAUCAUGUGCGUCUUGACCAACAUCUGGAGACUUCUACUGUGGACGAGAAUCAACCUACUAUCCACGUAUCAGAAGUCUACACUCCCAUAAUUGAUAAAAGACGCGCUUCGGACAGUCAUUCAGAAAAGGAGCUGCCAAACAAAAUAAUUUGGAAUGAUGGUGUAAGGACCAGAGAAUGGCUAGACAAACAGGCGACGAAGAUAGAAGAAGAGUUUGUGAAAACUGGCAUCUACGAGAGAGUGAAGGAGACGUUGGAGACUCACGGACAUGUGACAGUGAGUGGUGCAGCAGGUGGAGGGAAGACCGCCAUUGCUCUGAUGUUAGGGAAACAUUAUGAGGAGGAGCGAGGCUUUCUGCAGGUCCAUGUUGCUGAUGUUUCCAAGUUCAAGCUGGAUGUCUACACGCGUGAACUUGGUCACAGGAGCGUGUGUUUCAUAUUUCAUGACAUAUUUAAGAUCAGAGAGCGUUCAAAAGACAUAUCUGUUCUCAAAAGUGUUUUGCAUCAACUCAAAGAGCGUCAUUUGAUAGACUGUAAGACAAAGACACAAGAACACAAACUGUACACCAUAUUUACAGUUGAUACAUACAGCGACCAUGGUGGGAUGUCGCAGCUUGGGGACGAAGGGUCAUAUUUUUUCAGUGGUCCAUCGUUCCUUGAUUUAAACAAGAUUUCAUAUCAGUACAAACCUAAAGAGAAGAGACUCAUCUUUAACAAACUUUGCAAAGGUUUUCAAACAACUGUCAAAGUGAAAAAGAUUUGUGGAUUCGACCAAUUCAUCCUUGACUUUCACCAGACAUGCAGACUCUUUGUUUUGUUCGAAAGUUUUCAAAAACAUCCUGAAGAUUUCUUUCAAAGACCUUUUCACUAUCUGAAAGAAGAAUUGAAAUCAAUUGUUGGACGUGGAGAUGAUCGGUCAGCCGCUCUUAUCCUGAUGUUUUUGUGUGAUGGUUCACUGAACUUGCACCAAGUUGAACUCCCGUCUGACAACAAGGAUUUCGAGGCACUGUUCACGACGAUGAAACGCGUAGUGCGAUAUACAACGAGGACACCUGUAGCCAUGGCAGUGAGGCAGUUUCGUGGUAGCUUCUUCACAAAAGGAGAUAUAACGGCAUUUGCCCAUCCUACCUUCUAUGAUGCGUGUGCCAUUGCCUUAUACCAGGACCACAGAGCGUUCGUGCUGAGAUAUGCCAGUAUCAGGUUCCUUUGUGAGUAUGUGUACACAGAAGAAACAGAAGAUACCCUUCCUCAGACUAAGAUCUAUGUACCUAGAGGCUACAUCGAUGUACUGAGAAGCAGAUUGUCUAAACUAGACAGACGACACCCCAACUAUAAAACCCUCCAGACUUUGAUUGCAAAAUAAUCUGGCAAUAUCUGUGAACCAAGGAAUGACGUGUGAACCUGUCGUCAUCAGUCCGAUACAGUUAUCUGUUUAUGUGGCCUUUCUAAAGCUGCAAGCUCAAAUAUGAAGUCUAGACAUGUCGAUACUAAUAGUGAAUGGAUCUGCACGACUGAUAAUAAAACCUUUUCAUGACAAAGAAGUAGCACAGCAAAAAUAACUUAGUUUCCGUUCUUGUGGAAACCUAUUGGACACUGGGUAAUGUAGGUUUCCGCUAGGUUUCUGUUGUCGGAAACAGACAAUGAGAGUUUCCGAACAGUUUACAAAACUGAAACUAACAAAAUUAGGUUUCCGUCAAGUUUCUACAACUGAAAUUUUCAUUAUAUGUUUCCAUUUAGUUUCAGUUCGCUGAAACAUUCAUAGCAAAAAUGACUAUUGGAUACUGGGUAAUGUAGGUUUCUGCUGGGCUUCUGUUCCCGGUGUACAUUGGUGAUAGACUAGUUAUUUUACUGUCCUUUGCAGACAGGUAAGUAUAUAAGAUUGUUUUUAUUUCAUGUACACAUUUGGAAAUUUAACACUUUCAUAGUCACGAUAUGGCUGCCGAUGUGACUUUGUAAUUCAGUCACUCACCAUUCUACAUACAGAAACUUACAAUUGUGAAUGUACCAUUUAUUACAUUUUACAUGAAAAAACAACAAACUCAAUAACACAGUCACUGUUAUUAUUCAGCUUUUUCAUCGUUUUGAAUAGCUCACAUUUCAAUAGAACUCAACACAACAUCAAAGCAUUAUGUAUGUAUGUGCGUGUGUGUGUAUGAGAAGUCAUAUCAAGAGGGAAUCUUCAGCAUUGGUGAACACAACUUCUGUAUGAAUAUGCAAAUAAUCAAUAUGUCAAAACCUUACAAAAUUGUAUGCAUGUCAUGAAAUGAGGUCAACUUGUGCAGGCAUAACAUACUUGCUGUGGUAUUUAUUUAUUUUA